CUCCGCUCUUCUCUUCAGUGCUGAAACAGCGCACGGCGAGAGUCGGGUGUUUACUGCGAAGCACUGCUUUCAAAUCAAGCAGCUCGGCUCCGCGCAGCUGACUUCAGCUACAUCAGAGCACAUUGACAGAUUAUCAUCAAACCCAGACUGGAUUUGCUCGCACUGUCCUUGGGCUGUUCUUACAUCUCCCAGCUAGUCGUCUCCGUUCGCGCUUUGUCACAAAAGUAUUUUAAGCAGUAGCCUCAUUGACGGAGCUCUCCAACAGCAGACAUGUGCACCAAGAGAGAAUAUGGACUUGGCAUGUACACUGUAAUGCUGUUUCUGUCUAGGAUUGCCGGGAAAGAUCUCUACGCUGAGAACAUCAACUCCAUAAGCCGCAAGGGAGCAGAGAGAGCAGCAACGACACAAAAUCCAGAGUGGGAAAUCCGACUUGUGACAACUGCCCCACCUAUCCACUUUCCCAAUCACCACCCUUUUAUUCACGAGAGCUUGCCAAAAAAAGACUUUGACUCAGAAGAUACGGAGACACUGCCAGUGGCAAUGCUUGCCAGUCAACUGGCCCAUGAAGAGCCACUGAUCUUUGUUGACUCGGUCUCAAGCACCACGCCUCCAUCAAAACCUGUUAUUUCAGCUACAUCAACAGGUCCUGCAUCAGAAGAUGAAAGAGUUCAGAUAACCAGAGAGCCCUUUGUGACUUCUGGACAGCUGCCUCUUUUUGACAGUCGUGCCAUGACUACCAUAGCCUCCACCAGAAGGAAUGAGCCCACAUACACCACAGGGCCAUCUACUGAACCAGAAGAGCCCUUCAUAGGAAAGAGCUUAAAGCCUGUAAGAGAAACUGUGACUGUGGGAGACACUGAUGAAGGGACAACCACCUCGACUAUCAUCACAACCACCAUCAUCACAACAGCGCCUUCACAUGCUCCUUGUAGCUCCAAUUUCACAGGCCUUCAGGGUUACAUCGAAUCACCAAAAUUCACCAGCCUUCAGUAUUACAACAGCUUGGACUGCGUCAGUGCGGUCACAGUCUACAUGGGCUUUGGAGUGGAAAUUCAGGUUCUGAAUGUCAGCCUUUCUGAGGGCGAAAUGCUGACCAUAGAAGAUGUAGGUGUACGGGAGCCGAAUGUCAUUGCCAACGAGUCCAUUCUGAUGAAGGGGUUGGUGCUACGUAGUUCUAGCAAUCAGGUUGCCAUUCACUUCCAGAGCUACCAGCUCUCCAGCCCAGGAUACUACCACUUCCGCUACCAAGCAUACAUUUUGAGCUGUGGAUUUCCUCAGAGGCCAGCAUAUGGAGAUGUUUCUGUCACUAGUCUUCACCCUGGUGGAGAGGCCUAUUUUUACUGCCAUUCAGGUUACCAGCUGCAGGGGGCAUCCUCACUCAUGUGUCUGAAUGCAACUACCCCCUUCUGGAAUGGAAAGGGGCCACAGUGUUUAGCUGUCUGUGGUGGCUUUAUCAGAAAUGCCACAGUGGGCCGCAUCAUCUCCCCUGGCUUUCCAAGUAAUUACAGCAAUAACCUAACCUGCCACUGGGUGAUUGAGGCCCCUGAAGGCCAGAGACUACAUCUGCACUUUGAGAAGGUUGCUCUGGCCGAGGAUGAUGACAGACUUUUAAUCAAAAAUGGCAACAACAUUGAUUCACCUCCAGUGUAUGACUCGUACGAAGUGGAAUAUCUUCCAAUUGAAGGAAUCGUCAGUGGGUCAAGGUGGUUCUUCAUUGAACUGACAACUGAUAGCACGGGUGCUUCAACAGGUGUGGCGCUGCGCUAUGAAGCCUUCUCCCAGGGUCACUGCUAUGAGCCCUUUGUAAAAUAUGGGAACUUCACAACCAGUGAUGCCUUGUAUCCAGUAGGAACAGUGGUGGAGUUUACCUGUGACCCAGGUUACACCCUGGAACAAGGGUCAGUCAUUAUUGAAUGUAUGGAUAUCACUGACCCACAGUGGAAUGAGACAGAGCCAGCAUGCAGAGCUGUUUGUAGCGGUGAGAUCACUGACUCUGCUGGAGUGGUUCUCUCUCCCAACUGGCCAGAAGCGUAUGACAAAGGUCAAGACUGCAUUUGGGGAAUACAUGUGGAAGAAGACAAGCGCAUCAUGUUGGACAUUCAAGUGUUGCAUAUAAGCAAGAGUGAUGUUCUCACUUUCUACGAUGGUGAUGAUUUGACUGCGAGGAUUCUGGGUCAGUAUGCUGGCACACACAGACGCUUCAAGCUGUUCACAUCCAUGGCCGAUGUCACCAUCCAGUUCCAGUCUGAUCCAGCCAGUAACGUGUUUGGCUAUCAGAAUGGCUUCAUCAUCCACUUUUUUGAGGUACCUCGCAAUGACACCUGCCCUGAGCUCCCAGAAAUUUCCAAUGGAUGGAAAACCACUUCUCAUCCAGAGCUUAUCCAUGGCACAGUGGUGACCUACCAGUGCUACCCUGGGUUUGACCUGCAGGGUACUGAGAUUCUUAUGUGCCAGUGGGACUUGACGUGGAGCGGAGACCUUCCUUCUUGUAUAAAGGUGACCACCUGUCCAGACCCUGGUGAAGUGGACCACAGCCGAAGAGUGAUGUCCAACCCCAAAUUGGCUGUGGGGACCACAGUUCAGUACAUCUGCAAUAAGGGCUACGCUUUGUCAGGGAACAGUCUGCUAACUUGCUACAGCCGAGACGCAGGAAGCCCCAAAUGGAGUGAGAGACUACCCAAGUGCACCCCAGAGGUUUAUGAGCCGUGCCACAACCCAGGUGCCCCAUCAUUCAGCAUUCAGACUACAGAAAAGAGGUUCUACCAGCCUGGAGAGAUGCUGAGAUUUUCGUGUUACAAUGGUUAUCAGCUGGUGGGAGAAUCUGUCUUAAGGUGCAUCCCAGGACAUCCUUCCCAGUGGAGCAGUCCACCACCUGUAUGCCAAGCUUCCAACCCUGAGUAUUUAAAUGAACGCCAAUUAGAUGUUGCCAAGGCAUCAGUACAUGAUCCACUGGAGAAGAGUGGCACUGUGAUGGCCAUACUCAUCCCCAUCACCAUUAUUGUGCUAGCUGUUGCAGGGCUAUAUGUCUACUUCUCAAAGGUUCAGAGGAAAACGUUUAGGUUACAUCUGCCCAGCAGCCACCCAUACAAUCACAUCACAGUGGAGUCAGCCUUUGACAAUCCUAUAUACGAGACAGGAGAGACAGAGGAGUCAAGAGAAUAUGAAGUUUCCAUUUAAGGACAAGAUACAUCAUAACUGGAAACACAGCCUCUCUGCCUUGUGGAAAUCUCUCAGAACCUGUCAGCUCAUUCACAACCUCUUCUCUUCAGUUCACCCCCAUCCGUGCAAUUCCUGAGCUGCCUAUAA